GAAGAACCCGCCAUUUUUGAAGGUGAAAUUUGGCCUGUCUUCAUAUUUUACCUUUUUCCGAAAAGAUGAAAAUUAGAUGAAUACUGCUGGUCGAUUCAAAUGGAAGCAAACCUCCAAAGGGAGCUAAAGCAACUAAAUAAAAGGAAAAUUAAAGCUCAGGAAAAAGGGGACUUAGCAGAAGAGGCCAAGCUCUGCAAUGCUGUGGGAGAGUGGCUUUUCCAAUAUGGGUAUUAUGAGAAGGCUGUCAAAGAACAUACCAGAGAAGUUCAGCUAUCUGAAGCAGGACAGGAUACUAUUGGAACUGCCAUUGCUCACCGAAAAGUAGGAGAAUGCCUGUGUGCACUUAAAAAGUACAAGGAGGCUCUAUUUCACCAAACUUUACAUCUUGAGCUUGCUCAGUCAGCGGGGAACCUAGUAGAGGAACAGAGAGCCUUAGCUACUAUUGGGCGCACAUGGUUUGUCCACUCAGAUGAUGCAGCCAGCAAUGAUGAAGUAGAGGAGUGCUUGCUUGAGUCGCAGACAGCUUACCUGAAAAGCCUAGCUGUAUGUGACAAGUUACGGGAAACAGUUUCUGAGAAGGAACUAUUGGAGAUGAGGUCAAGGUUGUAUUUGAACCUUGGUCUUACUUAUGAAAACCAGAAGGAUUCUUCUAGGGCCAAAAGUUUCAUGGAAAAGGCCUUGAUCAUUGCAAGAGAACAAGGCCUAAAGGACACUGAAUACCUCUGUCUGUUCUCAAUUGGAAGUGUUCGGAUGAAAUCAGAUGAAGAUGCACAUGCCUUGAGGUGCUUCGAACAGGCACUGCAGGUGGCUAGACAUGGAAACAAGAAGUUUGACGAGGCUGAUGCUUUAGCUAUGUUGGGAAAGAUUUUCCUAAAACUUGGAGAAUUUGCAGCUGGUCAUAAGAAUUUAAAGAAAGCAUACAUUAUAAAUAAAGCUAAAAGAUCAGAUGAUAUGGAGGAACUUAAAUCCUGCUUGGCAACAGCCAUCAAAGGAAUUAGAUUUCAAAGAAAACAGACAAGACUCUCAGAACAUUCUCUGGAUGAACAGAUUAAAAUUUUGGAUACCCUUGGUGACCUGUACUGCCAAGUGAAGGCUUUCCACAAAGCUCUUGGCUGUUACAAGAAAGAGCUUGAACUUGCCAAAGUGGCAGGGAAAUCUCACAAGGAGCUGUCAUCCAUCUACGUGUCUCUUGCAAUAACAUACUUUGAUCUAAAGUGUCCAGCUGAUGCAAUCAACUGCUACAUGGAAGAACUGGAAAUAAUGGAGGAAAGGAAUUACAAAGAGAUGUGCGACACGUGGUGUAACAUUGCUUAUGUUCAUGAAAAAGCAGGGCAUACUUAUGAAGAAAUCAAAGACGCUUACAUCAAGGCAUUGGCAUACGCAGAACAAUCUGAAAAGCCUCAGUCAGUGCUUAGGGUUUGGAAGUGCUUGGCAUGUAUUCAGAAAGCAUUUGAUCUCACAGACAAGUACAAAAAGUCACUUGAUAAAGUUGCAGAACUUCAAAAUCAGUUCGGUGUUGAGGACAUUAGUGAUGACAGUGAUGAGGAAGGAGAAAAUAAUAAUGAUGAUGAACUUACAGAAGUUUUGAUAGCAAAAGAUUUACUACUAUCAGAAUCUGAAGAUGAAAGCUGUGAUGAUGACAAUGAAGGAGACGAGACUAGAGCUAAAAAUAAUUUAAAACCAAUAAGAACAAGACGUCAGCGAAAACAUGUUAAUGAGAAAGGGGAGACUCUACUUCAUGAGGCUGCAAUUGCUGGAAAUUCACAGCGUGUUAAAGAGCUAUUAGCAAAGGGUGCUGAUGUCAAUGCAAGAGAUUACUGCGGGUGGCUUCCCAUUCAUGAGGCUUGCAACCAUGGUCACUUAGAUGUGGCCAAGGUUUUGCUGAUGGCAGGGUCAAAUGUUAAUGACCAGAGUGGUCAACACUGCUGUGGUGUCACACCGCUUCAUGAUGCAGCUGAAAAUGGUCAUCUUGAUGUGGUAAAGCUCUUGCUGUCACAUGGGGCAUCUAUCAACCUGAAAGACAGCAAAGGAUGCACAGCCUUGGAUUCUGCAAUCCAAACACUUAAAAUUGAUAAGACUGAUGAUAGCUUAUCCACAGGAAGACAGCAGGUAGUUAAAUUCCUUCGAAAUUACAAAGGGGCUGAGAAUAGUGCAGAAUUAAGGAGAAGAAAUACUGCCUUUCAUGAUGACAGUGACGAAGGAGACUCUUCUGGAGAAAGUGCACCAAGUGCUUUAAAGAGAUUUAAUGAAAAAUUGAAGAAGAAAGAGAUGGAGAGACUUCAAAGAAUGAAUGGGACUGUCUGUGAAGAGAGUAGUCCAGAAGACAUAGACGAAAUACAUCCAAAGAAAACCAACAAAGGGUUAAUGAGGGAAGAUGAUGAUUCACAAGAGAACCAGCAUGAAGUUAUCCUAUCUUUUCCUUCUAGCUCAUCUACACAGUUUCAAAAUUAUUCUGGCAAUCAUAUUGAGAACCAGUCGACUGGGUUACGGAUAGAUAGCAGUGUUGAUGAUAUGGUUCCUUCUGAUGUUGCUGAAACAUUUUCUGAUGCCAGUGACUAUGAAGAAAAUGAUAAUGGAGAUGUGGAUAGCACAUAUUCAUCGAUGGAUGAAGGGAACAAUGGAAUUGAAAUGGUAGACUGGAAUGAUCAAGACUCUGUUAUUACGGGAGCUACUCUUGUUGAUCCUGUUGCUAGAAGUACCAGUCAUUUGAGUGGUCGAGUGCCAUCUCUGGUCACUCAAAAAACUGCAGAUUGGCUUGUUAAUGACAUGGGGCCAAGAACUGCCAAACGUAAACGUCCAGCAAAACAAGUGAAGCUUCCAGGGUCUUUACAGCAGAGAAAAAGAAUUAACCAUGCAACAAUUACCAGGCCUAAACAUGGGUUAAGCCCUGGUGUAUCACAAAAAAUGCCUUGUGCGAAGCAAUCAACAUUAGCUGUUUCCAAAGAAGCUAGAACACAUCAGAAUUCAAUUCAUGUCCCUUCUGUUAAUGUUUCCACCCCAGUACCAUCUAGACCAGAGGCUGUUUCUACCAUCUCAGGUGCAAACUCUGGAUUAACUAUCUCUGCAACAAGUCCUAGACAUAUCGUGGCCCCAGGGGGGACACCACCCAUGCGCCUGCGGGUACAGGUGCAGGGCAAAGUUUUUCUGAUUCCAUGUCCUCAGGGCUGUGCACAAGAAGCCAAGAAUAUUGGUUGGCUGGCUGAACAGGCUGCUCUCAGGUACUUCUCAUCUUUUGGCCUUCGUCCUGUGUUGGCCUUGAAAACAAGGGAAGGAGCUUUUCUGUCAGUGGAAGAUAAGAUUUCAGAUGUACUGUCAAAUAAUGAAGAAGUCAUGGCAUCUGUGGAAUCUUGGGACUUGCCAGCUCUGUCUGAAAGAUAUCGUGAUGCAUGUGCCAAUUCCAAUACAACAACAAGAACAGACAUACUGCACAUCCUUGAGGCUGAUCCACAGCUAUCAAGCUUCAGCUUAUCAAACAAAGCUUUACAAGAUGUCCAUGUACUACCACUGAUCAGAGCUCUCCAGUGUCAUGACACUCUCACCAAGUUUACACUACCUGGCAACAGGAUAGGUGACUCUGGUGUCCAGCAUCUGGCAGCAGCUCUGUCUACUCUCCCAUCUCUCACUGUGUUGGACUUGACAUCUAAUGGAAUAACUCACAAAGGGCUAUCCUUCAUAGCCAGUGCUUUAACUACUAGGGACUCCACAAGCUCAGGGACACAGCAGAACUGUGCUCUGAAGAAACUGGAAGAGUUUAGCAUCAGUUACAACUGGCUGGGAGACAGUGCUGGCACUUCACUAGCUGUGAUUCUUAACAGAUGUUCUAUUCUGACAACUUUGAGAAUUGAAUCUUGUGGUCUCACAAGUCAUGUUACAGCCCAAGGAAAAGAAUUCCCUGUGGCUCUUAAAGGAUCCAGGUUAUUGCACCUGUCUGUAGCCUACAAUUCCCUUGGUCCUCAGGGAACAACAAAUUUGAUAACAGCUCUUCCUUCUGCAUCAUUGCACCACCUUAAUAUAACGUCGUCAUUGGAAAAUAAAGGAAGUCAAUCAGUUAUUCAGAGUAUGGUGGAAUUUAUGGAAAGUGGCUGUACCCUUUCUGAUCUGGUUCUUGGAGAUUGUUACAUCGGUGACAAAGAUCUAGAGAUACUUAUGAAGGCCAGGCAUAUGUUCUCUGGACUGCAGUACCUGGAUCUUAGCUGUAACAAUAUUGGAAAUGAUGGGGUACCAAUCCUGGCAAGUUUACUGCAAAAAAGCUGCAAACUUUCAAGUCUCAUACUGGGUGGCAAUGGAAGGAUCAGCACUGUUGGUGCAGAAUCCCUGCUGAUGGCAGCGAAGGACAGUAAAGCCCUUCAAAAACUUAAUUUAUCAGCAUGUGGAGUUACCUCACCACUUGAUGCAGCAUUCUGUGAUGCUUUGAAAACUUUAGUUUGUCAAAAUGAUGGAGAAAGUUCUUUAACAGAACUGGAUCUAUCUCACAAUCUGAUAAGUGUUGUUGACAAAGAGAGACUUGCAGAAGAAUGGGAACUGAGAUCUACAGGAGAGAGUUCCUCUUGUUUGAAUGAUAAUCUUUGCAUUUUUACAAAGUUGUAAAUACUGUUUGUUGGUCAUAAAUUAAUUCUGUAAAUAAGUUUACAUAAUUGUAGAAUCUCAAGUGUUGUAUUGUACACUGUACAAUAGGAAUUGUAAUUCGACAAUUGAAUCCUUAUUCAAAAUAUUGCUACAUAUUAAACAAUGCUUUGGAAUGUCUCUUCACUGCUUGAACAAUUAUGGAUGUCAGUUUUAUAUAAUGUAUGCAAUAAAGUUAAACUUAGUAUUACUCAAAUUAUAGGAAUUCACACUGCUUGCCAUGUUAAAUAAACAUGGUAGUGCUACAACAAGAAAAGAUCUAUUUAACAUGGCAAGCAGUGUUUUACUUAAAAUGCGUGAUUGGACACAGUCUGGUUUUAUUUCUAUUGUGAAUUAGACAAAUACUUGUUUGAGGAAAAACAAGAGCUCCCUCUUCCCUAAAUACACAGCAAUCAGCCAACUGUUCCCAGCCUAAGAGGAUUGCAUUUAGCAAUGGAGUUCAAUCACAAAAAGUCUGUUUAUACAUGUAACUUGCUGAGACUAGCUGCACUUGUCACUGAGUGUUUAUAUGACAACAAGCUAUGCAUUUGACAAAUUGGCACACAUCCAUUUAGGAGAGUGCCCUCGAGUCUUGUGGUAGAACUCCAGACAUUAUUCUAUGAAGCAAAAAUAUCCUUACUUCCCUGUUGUUUUCAGGCAAAGUCUGACAAACAGAGAGAUACAUCACUGUUUGAAAAGGUCUCUCUUUGUCAGAUAAAGCAGUUAGCUUCUAUGCACGAAAGCAGUGCCGUCCAAACUUCACUAGAGUACCUUGGCCUCUUGAUUUGCAAAAAGUGGCAUGCAGUUCUUGUAAGACCGUAUAAAUUAAACGCAGAUGUUUAGAACA